AUGCCUCAGUACCAGCGCCGUGGCGGGAUUAUUCAAUUGCAGGGAGUGCCUCUUUAUCUGGAAGGGUUUCAAUUUAUCGGCAUUCGAUCCUUUUGUUGCCUAACGAAGCUGGACAUCGAAUUUGCCCACGAGUUUCUGAAGUCAAUUCUUCCCGGCGGAGCAGACCCCCUUUUCGCUGAUGACAAGCUCCUAUCUAAAACUCACAAGUAUCAAAGCUAUCAACUUGUGAUGAGUCGAUUCGCACCUCCGUGCGCUGCGUACAUCACCUCCAACAGCACCGUACCGCUAGAAAGAGGCUUAUUUAUCAAGGCCACAAAAGUAGCAAACGCUCUCCCGCCUGGCAAGAAGAUAACGGCGAGAAAGGACACAAAGAAACAGUCGAAAACAAUCCAGGAAUCGUUCGGGAAAAAAAGCUCAACAUCAAAAAACCUGGCGAAGAAGUACAAUCUCGACUCUUCCGACGAAGAUGAAGAAAUUCUCCGAAAGAAAGUCAAGAAAUAA